AUGGAAAACGAGACAUUACGAAUAAGAAUCGUCUCAUUUAAACAUUCUGAUAAGCAAAAUUUGAAUAAAUCAUUAUUUUAUAUUAAAAAAUUACUUGAAUUGCCAUCGAAUAAUGAUAACACCGUUAUACUUGAACCAUCUGGUCUAACAACAACAUUUGUUAUUUCUAUAAAUGAAACAUUCGAUUGGAAUAGAAAUCAUGGAAAUUAUUGUCAAAUUAUUUGUUUAACACAAAAAUCAAAAAUCAUAGCUGAUACGAUUUUAUGGUUCGAUCAUUUAUUAGAACUUAUUACUGAUCGUAGAUAUGAUGGAAAAGUUCAAUCAGAUUUAUCUUGUAGUAUGGUUCUUGAUGGAGAAUAUCAUUUGGAAUUUAGUCUACAACUAAUCGAAAAUUCAAUAGCUUUAAAAUCCUCACUUUCUUCAAAAAAACAAAAUCAUUAUAAUAAAAUGUCAAGUCGACAACCAGUUCGAGGUCAUUUAAUGAAAUUAAAACAAUUUAAUCAUCCAGUUCAUUGUGCUUUAUGUGAUGGAUUUAUUUGGGGUUUACAUUAUCAAGGUUUUGAAUGUUUACAAUGUUCUCUUGUGACACAUAGAAGAUGUCAUCAAAAUACUCCAUUUUGGUGUCAAAAGUCAUUAUUUUCAGAACCUAUUCGAUUAGAUGAAAAUCUUCGAUUAAAAUUUCAUAUUCCACAUACAUUCAAACGAUAUGAAGCACCAUUUGUUCGAGCUUUAGUUACUCGUAAUCAUGGUUAUUGUAAUCAUUGCGGUGCACAAAUAUUUCGAAAUGCUCUCAAAUGUUCACAGUGUUAUUUUAUAAUUCAUGAACAUUGUCAAUCAAAUAUUCCACUAAUGUGUACAAUUUCAUAUGAUGCAUUAGCAAAAAUGAUAGUGGAGAAAAAAAAACAAAUACAUAUAAAUGUAGGUAUUCAUGAUCCAAACCAUAAAAAAGAUAAUGAUCAAUAUUCAAAAUCAUCAUCAUUUGAUUUAUCUUGGCUUGAUUCAUUACCAGAAUUUCCCAUAAAAAAUCCACAAAGAAUAUCUUUACCAAACUUUAAUGAUUUUAAAUAUAUUGGUCGUCUUGGUGAUGGUGCCUUUGCUCAAGUCUAUUGUGUUCAACAUAUUUUAUCAAAACAAUAUUUUGCUAUUAAAGUAGCUGAUGGAGCAAAUGAACAAGCACGACAACAAUUAGAAGUUGAAAAACAAAUUUUAUUUCGUUAUAGUGAUGGAAAUCCUUAUAUGAUUAAAGCUUAUUGUGCAUUUCAUCAAGGAAAUAAAUUAUUUCUUGUUAUGGAACUUGUUCGAGGUGGAACUUUAUAUCAUAAAAUUCAAACAACCCGAAUGAAUGAAGAUGAAAUAAGAUAUUAUUUAGCACAACUUGUUUGUGUUAUACAAUAUUUACAUUCAAAUAAAAUUGUUUAUCGUGAUUUAAAACUUGAACAUGCAAUUGUGUCUUCAACGGGUUCUAUGCGUCUUGUUGAUUAUGGACUUGGACGAUUAUUAAAAACUCCUGGUGAAAUGUGUCAUACUUUUUGUGGUACAUAUAGUUACAUGGCUCCUGAAGUUCGACGUUUAGAAAGAGGUCUAUCAGGUGAAGGUUAUAAUUAUGCAGUUGAUUUUUGGGGACUUGGAAUUAUGUUUGUACAAAUGUUAUGUGGUGAACAACUCGAUUUUUAUCCUCAAAUGUUUUCAAAUGAUAAUGAAGACACAAGUGAAUCAAAAACUAUAAUGGACUAUUUAGAAUUACCUCGUUGUAUAAGCUCUGAAGCUCAUUCAUGUGUUAUUGGUUUACUUGAAAAUGAUCCUGAAAAACGUUUAGGUUUACCUAAUUCACCACAUGGUUUAAUACGUGAUCAUGCAUUUUUUAAAGUUGGUCAUCGAAUUAACUGGGCAGAAAUUGAUGAAGAUGUAUUUAAAUCUGGUCAUAAAAAUGCAACAGACAUGCGUGUUUUAUCUGAUACAUCGUUUCAUCAACCACUUGCAACUUUAUCAUUAGAUAGAGGAGGUGAAGCUAAAGAUAGUUGGAUAGCUGCUGGAAAAUCAACAUGUACAUCAGCUGAAAAUGAACGAUUAAAAUCAUUUGAUUAUAUUAAUGAAUCAUCUUGGCUUGAAUUUAUUUAA